CACGACACAAACAUACCGCUGGACCAAUACACACAUCUACUCCUACCAGCAUUCAAGACUACAGUGUACUCGAUAUCUCAGUAAUGAAGUUCUCUCUUGCUCCGCUCCUCGUCCUCGGAUUAGCCGCCGGCGCCAUGGCAAAGGAUCAGACUCAACAAGUGAUCAUCUCAUACCCCAACAACACUCCCGCCUCUGUCCUGGAAGGAGCCAAGAAAGCCAUCCUCGACGCGGGCGGAGUCAUCACUCAUGAAUACAGCUUGAUCAUGGGCUUCGCAGCCAAGGUCCCGGCCAAGGUCCUUGAAAGCGUGCAAGCCAUGGGCCAAGAGCACAACGUCUUGAUCGAGCAAGACCAGAUUGUUUCUAUCAACAAUUGAUGAUAUACGAGAUUGCGUUUGCUUUCAUGAGUGUUGUUGGACUUCAAGCGUGGCUUUCGGAGUCGCCGAAAUUGCCAGGAGCACAGGAGACAGGACUGCUGUAAUUGGACAGGUCUACGUACGAUUGACGAAGUAUUGAUUUCAUCUG